AAAUAAAUCCACAAGAAAUUGUUGUGGCUGAGAUUUCUCCUGAGGAGCCAAAGCGUUGGCGUUUUAGGUCUCACCGAAACUCAGCACACUAUCCUACUUUUCUCUACACUGUCUUUGCCUUUUCUUCUGUAUCAUUCUAGAUAUUUCGUGAUCGCGUGAGGUAGAUUCCGAUCCACCAUUGCCAGAAUCUAUGGGUUCUCCGGCCUGUUUCGGUUGAUCCAGUUCACGCAUUAUCCGAGAGAGGGCGGGUUCUUGGAGAGUUCUCAUCGACCAUGGCUUUCUUCCAAGGUUUUGGCAUCUUCCGGUUCGUUUUGGUACAAAACAGAGACGGGUCUCUACUGAUUGUGGUUGCCUUUUCUCUUUUGCAGUAGUAGUUACUUAUCAAGUUUCAUUGGCUUCAAGAACGACGGCUUCACUAUUUAUAGUGUUCAAUGUGGUGAGGAAUGAAAGGAGGUUUCUGUUUAGGGAGGAUUUGAAGCAGUGCUAGCUGCCUUGGUCCGGUAAUGGAUGCAUACUCCUCUGGGGAAGAUUUGCUCGUUAAGAAUUCAAGUUAAGUUAUAUCUGAUUUUGGAAAUUCGGUGGUGUCUAGACAAGGAAGCCAUAUACGAUUACAAAACAGCGUGAGCGAUGGACAGAUGAGGAGCAUAAUAGGUUCCUAGAAGCCUUAAAGCUCUAUGGACGAGCUUGGCAACGCAUAGAAGAACAUAUAGGAACAAAGACUGCAGUGCAGAUCAGAAGUCAUGCACAGAAAUUCUUUUCAAAGUUGGAGAAGGAAGCUGUAGCUAAAGGCAUUCCUAUUGGACAAGCUCUUGACAUAGACAUACCUCCUCCAAGACCCAAAAGAAAGCCAAGCAAUCCUUAUCCUCGCAAGACUGGUGUGGGAGCUCCAAACUUGCAGGUCAGAGCAAGAGAUGGACACCCUGUGUCAUCGGUGUCUUCUAUGCGCUUCAAACAAGUAUUGAACUUGGAGAAAGAACCACCUCCUGAUAAAACUAAUGCUGAUGAGAAUCCUACAAACACAAAAGAAACUGAUGAUGACAAUAGCUCAACAGUCUUUACCUAUUUCCAAGAUGCUCCUUGUUCAUCUCUCUCUUCAAUGAACAAAAAUUCUACAACAUCUCUGGGGCCAGUGAGAAACUCAUGUGCUUUCAGAGAGUUUGUACCAUCUCAAAGAGAGGUGGUGAACCAGGAUGGAACAAAUGAGACAUACCUCACUGUUGAACUUAGAGGUGAUCAAAAGAGGGAUAAUGCCAGACAGACAGUAGCAGAUAGUGGUGAAAGUAAACCUUUAAACUUGGAAUGUUCGAACCAUCUGCAUGAUAAAUCAGUUCAAGUUGAGAAAACUAGGGAUUGUAGUGGUGUUGUGCUCAAAGAUGAGAUGCAAGCCACUAAUAACUAUCCAAGGCAUGUGCCUGUGCAUGUUCUAGAUGAAAGCUCCAGAUCAUGUACUCAAACUCCUCCCUCAGAUAUGUCAUUUACUGAAUCCAUAUUUCAUCAAGUAGAAGCUCGUGGACAUCCUAAUAUGUGCACAAAUUCAGUCACACCUGCUACAACUGAUCAUCAAAAUAUUGUCCCCAGGUCUUCCAUUUAUCAGAUGCUUCCAACUUUGCAUCCGCUGUUCCCCCCAGUUUGCCACAGUGAAGAUGACUACAGAUCCUUCCUCCAGACCUCCUCCAAUUUUUCAAGUCUAAUUGUGUCAACUCUGCUACAAAAUCCUGCUGCCCAUGCUGCAGCAAGCUUUGCGGCUACCUUUUGGCCUUACACAAAUGUGGAAGCUUUUUCAGAUUCUCCAUCAUGUGACCAAGGAGCUUUCCCACUUAGGCAUAUGACCUCUGUUCCAAGCAUGGCAGCUAUAGCUGCAGCUACUGUAGCAGCUGCAACUGCAUGGUGGGCAGCUCAUGGACUGCUUCCUUCGUGCUCUCCCCUUCACACUUUAUUUAACUGCCCUCCUGCAUCUACAACUGCAACAGCAACCGGAACUGAUUUUCAAUCAGUAGACACUGCUCAAGACCCUGUAGCUAAUGCAGAAAGAAAGGAAAAUACUUCAAAAAGUUGUCCUUUGCAAGAUCAGGGACUCGAUGUGGAACAUUCUGAAGCUGUGCAGGCUCAACAUUCAGCUUCAAAAUCACCCAAUUCGUUAUUAGUAGACUCUGUGAAGAGUGAAGAUACAAAGUCAAAUAGUGGAUCAAAAGCUGAUGAUGUUGAGAAAGCUGCAGUAGUUAAUGAGCUCCAAGAGUCGAGCAAACCAAAGAUCAAGAAACAGGUGGACCGUUCGUCAUGUGGUUCAAACACACCUUCGAGCAGUGAUGUAGAAACAGAUGCACUGAAGAAGAAGGAAAAGGAGAAAGAAGAAUCAAAAGAAGCUGAUGCAAAUUUUUCUGCUGCCGAAUUCAGUAAUCGAAGAAGCAAGAGCAACUGCGACACACUUGAUUCCUGGAAGGAGGUCUCCAAAGAGGGACGGCUGGCUUUUCAAGCACUCUUCUCGAGAGGAGUAUUACCACAGAGCUUUUCACCACCACAGGAUGAGAAAAAUAAUGAGCAUCAGGUAGGAAAUAUUGAGGAAGAUCAGCAAGAAACAGAUGAGAAAUUUCAAGAUGCUUCGCCAUCAAUUCUUAGGUGCACGAACUUGGAGUCUUCUUCAGGCCGUCAAGGCAUGGAGAGUCAUGUAUUGUCAAAAAAGCACUACAAUGGGGAUGAGGGGCAGCUAAAUCUUGGGCUUGGACAUGGGAAGCUUAAAGCUCGUCAUACAGGAUUCAAACCUUACAAAAGGUGCUCAGUAGAGGCUCAAGAGAAGAGAGUGAUGAACACCAGCUGCCAAGGUGAGGAGAAAGUUCCUAAGAGGAGACGCUUGGAAGGGGAGGCUUCAAGUUGAUGUCUGAUAUUGCAUGCCUGAACAAAGACACAUUCUGUUUGCAUCUGGUUUCUAGUUUCCACUCAUCUGUUUCUAUUUUCUGUGUUAAUUUAGACUAGUCCAGCUUACAAGACUUCUUGCAUCAUAGUGAGUGUGUAGAAUUUAUGCAGAAUUCAGUGAACUACAGAACUGCACUUAGAAACUCCUUUAAUUAGACUAAGAUCAUUGAAGUAUGAACGUACCUUGACUUGGCCUAUUUCCUUUAAAAGUAAAUAUAUCUCAAAUCAUCUAUUAUACUUG